GUUUGUCGCCUCGGUCGUUCAGCUGCAGCUGCAGUAAGCUGUAGCGGCUGUAGUCGCUGUAGUGGCUGCAGUGGCUCGGCUCGGUUCACCCACUCAGCCGUCCACCGAGCUUACUGACCUUACUUUGCUAACGGUUGUUGAAAGCAAUUAGUAGCUAGAGCUCUUCCACGGUACAACCUACAACGCCUGGAAUUAUCUGUUCAAGCCUUGUAAGCACGUGUUGAGAAUGAGCGAGGUGAAGGCGGUAGUGCUAGACAUCGAGGGAACUGUGAUCUCAAUUAGCUUUGUCAAAGACGUACUCUUCCCGUAUGCGAGAGAGAACCUGCGAGUGUACCUCAGAGAUCAUUGGAAUGACGACGAGCUGAAGACGAUUGUCAGCAACCUCCAACAUCAGGAGGGAGCGGGGGACGGGGCGCCGUCCGUGCCAUCCGAAGGGUCCGCCGAGAAUGUGCAGGCAGCGGUGGAGGCCCACCUGUUGUGGCAGAUGGAUCGGGACCGCAAGACUGCACCCCUCAAGGCCAUUCAGGGCCUGGUGUGGACGCGGGGCUACCAAGACGGCCACCUGUUGGCCAACCUUUAUGAAGACGUGGUUCCGGAGCUUCGGAAGUGGAAAGCUGCUGGCAAGUCUCUGUACAUCUACUCUUCAGGGAGCAUCCACGCUCAGAAGCUGCUCUUCUCGCACACCACGGAGGGCGACGUCACUGGGAUGUUGAGUGGCUACUUCGACAUUACUACUGCCGGUCCUAAGACAGAUGUCAAGAGCUACGAGAAGAUCACCGAGGCUAUCGGCCACAAACCUGGGGAGAUCCUGUUCCUGACGGACAUUGCAGCUGAGGCCCAUGCAGCUGCCAAGGCAGGAAUACGGGCACGACUUGUAGUACGGCCGGGCAAUGCAGAACUCAGUUCCGAAGACCAACAGGCUUUUUCCUCGGUGGAAUCCCUCGAAGCAUUGAGCCUUUGAAGUCGGCGACAGCACUUCUCGCAACAUUGUCGGGCUCCCUGCUGCACGUCUGGACGUCGGUGUCUGAGCCAUAGAUUGGAAAGGGGGUCAGCGUUGCCACCUGUGCGGUGCUCGCUCCACAGCCGAGCCAUUGUUUACACUAUGAAUUAAUUGCCAAGUGAAAAGUGCGGGGUCAUAUAUCUUUGUUCUGGUCAUGAUGAUUGCCCACUGCAACUCAAAAUAAAGUUGAUAUAUUUUUA